CUGGUGAAUUCAUUGGGAAAUAGACAUAAUGAUAGUAUGAUGGAAGCUGAAAACUUGCAGAAGCUGGUACAUAUUGAGCACAGUGUGAGAGGGCAGAGUGGCCUCCUCCAGCCAGGAAGGAUCUUUGUUAAAGAGGGAACGUUGAUGAAAGUCUCUGGCAAAAACAGGCACCCUCGGCAUUUGUUCUUGAUGAAUGAUGUUCUGCUGUACACAUAUCCCCAGAAGGAUGGCAAAUACCGACUGAAAAACACCUUGGCUGUGUCAGGCAUGAAGGUCAGUCGCCCAGCGACAGAAAAAGCCCAAAACGUCCUGAAGAUUGAAUAUGAUGAACAUUGCCUGACCCUGUCAGCAAGCUCUUGCUCGGAAAGGGAUGACUGGUACAGCUGCAUCAGCAAACACAUCCCAGAUGAAAACAAAGCUCACAACACUUCCACUUUCCACAGCAGCGUGGAGCUAAGGGAAAGGAUUGGAAUACCCUUGGGUGAGAGGCCUCCUACUUUGGUACCUGUGUCCCAUGUCAUGAUGUGCAUGAAUUGUGGCUGUGACUUUACCCUCACUUUGAGGCGACAUCAUUGCCAUGCCUGUGGGAAGAUUAUAUGUCGAAAUUGUUCAAGAAACAAGUAUCCUAUGAAGUACCUCAAAGAUCAAGCAGCCAAAGUCUGUGAUAGCUGCUAUGUGGAACUUAAGAAAAGAGGUAAGGUUCCUUCAUUCUUGAGAGAGCGGCCACUAAGUGUGAGCUUCCCUCCAACUUCAUCCAGGUGUUCAAGCAGUGCGUUCUCGUCUGUCUUCCACAAUAUUCAUUAUUCAUCUUUUAAGAAACAGAAGAAGAUCCCUUCAGCUCUUACAGAGGUGGCAGCCUCAGAAGAGGGAGCUACCAUCAGUGGUUACCUCAGCAGAUGCAAGAGAGGCAAAAGACACUGGAAGAAACGUUGGUUUGUUAUCAAAGGCAAAGUACUCUACACCUACAUAGCAAACGAGGACAAAGUUGCCACAGAAAGUUUGCCUUUAUUGGGUUUCACCAUUGCCCCAGAAAAGGAGGAAGGAAGUACGGACACAGUUUUCCAUCUCUACCACAAGCAAACUCUCUUUUAUAGCUUCCGAGCAGAGGAUAACAAUUCAGCACAGAGGUGGAUUGAAGCCAUGGAAGAAGCAUCCAUAUUAUAG